AUGGUGUGCCCCACGCUCAUUCACGAAUACUACGAGAAGGCGCACCCCAACAUUCCAACACUACCCCAACCUGCCCGCCGAGGACCCACCGGCCUCCUAUGUCCUGUGUGCUCCACCCAGAUGAUUUACCACACGGCCAAUUACAACUCUUGGCUUAUUGGGUGUCCCACGGCCAAAAACGCUCACAACUGGAAGACCUGGCGGUGUGACCAGCUCAACCACGAGUUGGCUCUCAUCAACCUCGGCACCCCAAGACCGAUUAUCUCGGUCAAAAGCGACUGGGGUCCACGCGUCUCACCAAACGGGCAGAUCCUCGAUGACGCUCCCGUGCUUCAACAAAAACACACCCGCUUUCAACCUUACACCAAGAAGGACUCUCAUGGACGCACAUCCCCGGCCAAAACAGGCUUGCUCUGCAAACGGAUAUAUGAAGGCAAAGUGUCGCAGAACCACAAAAAGGCAGAAAACAAGGAGUACCCCCACCAAUACUGUCUCGGUUGUUGCACAGCAUACGGGACCAUGGUUUGUUCAAAACACUCUCGAACCUCCAAAGUGGCGCCAACUCAACCAAAAAACCAGCCGAUCACUCAACAAACACUCCGGCAUCUGGGAAUCACUGCUCAACAAUUUACCCAGUUGAGCAAAAUCCAAGGAAGUUCAGCGAGUACAUCUCAAACUGCCACCAGUUCAGCGCCACGUCGAUCUGCUCCAGCUCCAGCUUCCGCCGCCAACCCUCACCAGUGGGCUCAGUUCGCGAAUACACUGGGACAGCAGAUGCCAAUCGAAUCCAUGGUCAUGCUCCAGAAGAAUCGUGCUGACAGAGCAGCAGCAGCAAACCACGAAAAAGAAACACUCAUCGACACUGCCAAAAUGGCUACAAUCUCGUUAUGGGUCAAUAUUUCACCCCGUGCCUGGCUGAUCCAAUCUCAAUCACAGUCAGCUGCCUCCAAGCCGAUUGCCGCGUAUUUCCCUCAGUGGCCGGUAGUCUACCUUAACCAGAGCGAGCUUCUCCUUCAGGCCGUCACCACAGCCGUUGGACCCGAUUGGGACAGAGCUCUUACAGUGUGGGAUCACACUUUGAAAUCCUGGCUCUUAACCAGCGGAACACCUGGUCAUCUAGCUAUGCCAACCUCGGCGUUUUUAUCAAAAAACGAUCUUCCCGCCAUUUGUGAAAAUCAAUCUUCGUCACAACCAAACUUAUCAGCCUCGCUUUUACAAUCACAAGAACCACAGUCAUUACACCCAAACAUUUCCAACAGCAGCGUCCGUGGUCUUUCAUUCCAACAGACCAUCACUUCCUUGAUUGCAGGUGCAGCCACCCCACCCACUCGAAUCGAAGUGGACUUAACUUUAUCCCCGGAAGCAAAAAAUCUCCAGGAUGACGCUAGUACCGAGGCCCAACCAAAGGCAAAAGCUACCGACACCUCAGCUUCUGCAAAACGAAAAAAAGGCUGGCCUGGUAAGACUGAACUCCUUUCAAGCCUGCUUUCCUGGUAUUACAACACUAUGGAUGGAGACCCAAGGGAGACAUGGGUGGUACAUUUCGGGGAUCAAUGGGUACUCACUAAGACUAUGUAUCGAUAUCGUGCCUGGGUCGAAUUAGUUGGGCCUGACAACAUGAAACUCAAGUAUGAUACUCAGCCUACAGCCACCGUCGCUCAAGCUCGUGAUUUCUGGUCACACGAGUUCAAGAAAGUUUCUGGCCAUGGCCAGGGCGCUGCUGACGACGAGUAA